AUGUAGGACUCUAUAUCAACUUACUUGAAAACUGAAUCAGAUUCUAUCAAAGAUCAUCCAGCAAGCAAGUUUAAGCAAAACUUCAUGUAAACUAAUUAAAGAUUUUUAAAUACUAAAAAAUUAACAUACUCUAACAAAAAAAUAGCAAUUUCUAAUUAGAAAGAUGCAUGGAAAUAAAUGUUUGGCAAUUUCUUACAUGAUAUUAAUCUUAAAUAGAAAAAGGAUCAUAUCUCUCAAGAAACCAAAGAGGUAUUAAUGAUUCAUCUUAAAUUUAGCAUCUUUAAGAUCCACUUGUGAAUGAAGUCCCAUUAUUCCUUCCAUGUUCAAAUAAACAAUUUAAACUCUAGUUCUAUAAGUAUUUAGAAGGGGAGUAAUCAAUUAAUGAAUUAUUAAAGGCAAUUAGAUUUCCUCACUUAGAAGCAGUAAGUAAUAUUAUUAUUGUUUUAGUUAUCAAUAGAAGAUUAAAAAAAAUAAAAAAGGAAACUAUCCAUUGUUUAAAAAAUUAAAAAAUUUAGAAUUAAUGACAUACCUAAAUCAGGUGAUAAGACUCCUUAAUUAGAUAUAGGAAGCUCUACAAAAUAAUUGAAAGUCUAACAAUUAAGAUUAGUUGAUUAAAGAAGAUUUACAGAAGCUGGUAAAUUAAUGGAAUUAUUUAAAAUUAAAAUAAAUAAGAAGGUUCAAGUUUUAAGAGAUUUUAUUUAAUAAAGAGUAUUAUUUAUUUUUUAUAUAAGAUCAAUUUAAGAUAAUAAUUAAACAAAGAAUAAAGAGAAGAGGAAAUAAGAAAUAUUCAUUUUAUUAAGACUUUUUUUGAUAUCACUAAUGAUUACAAUUAACAUAUCUUAGAUUAAUAAGAAGAAUUAUAGGAUGAUGCUUAAUAUUAUAAAAAAUUAGUACCAUGUUAAAAGAAAUUAAAAUAACUAUUAGUAAAUUAUGAUAAUGUACAACCAAUUAUUAGACAUUAAGAAAAACAUUUUGAUAGAUUUGAUUAUCCUUCUUUAGGUAUGUUAAAAAAUUAAAUGAAUUCAUAUUCUAAAGAUUAUUUAGUUGAACUUGAAUAACAGAAAUAAAUUUAAUUUAAAACUGCUUUAAAUUAAGUUCGUAAACUAUUAGAAUAAUAAAAUAUUAAGUUUUAAUCAGAAUUAAGAAAAUCUAAAAUUAAAAGUAAUUAAAAUUCAAAAUCUUAAUCUCCACUAACUUUUCAUAAUUAAGAGAAUUCAAAUCCUAUAAAUUUAUUAAGUGAUUGUCCACUCGAUGUUAUUGUAGCAAGUCCAAAGAGAAAUGUUAAUUAAUAUAAAUCUUACUCUUAAUUCAAAAAUUGUAUUGCUGAUCCUAUAAAAAGAAAAGAUUAUGUUAUUACAAAAAAACCUUUUUAUCUUUUUACUAAAUAAGCAGAUGGAGAUAAAAAUUCAAAAAAUACUAAAGGAUUAAUAACAAAUUUUGAUGUUAAAUUAUACGAUUAUAUUCACAAUAGAAAUAUAUACACAUUAAAUAAACAGUAUUAAUUUUAUUAAUUUUAAGAGUUUAAGAAAAAACAUAAAAAUUUCAUACUUUAAUAGAAAGUUAAUAGGAGUAAUAGUUAAAUGAACAACUUGACACUCAACUUAAUCAAUUAAGAAAAAAAAGAUUAAAAUUACGUUAGCAUGGUUCUUUAGAGGCAUAACGUAGAAUAAAAACUGAAAUACAACCUGAUGAAAUAUCAGAUGAUUAAUCACUAUAAUCCAUUUAUGAAGUAAAUCUUGAUGUUUAUUAUGAUUAAUCAAAUUAAUUAAGUAAGAAACUAAGAGAAAAAGAUGAUGUUGGAUUUGCAAAAAGAAUUAAAUAACUCAUUAAAUUAGAGGAAGUUAAUACGUAUUAAGUUAUAUAUAGAUAUUUAGAUAAUGCUUAAGAACAAAUAUAUAGAAAUUAAAUAAGUCGUAAAAUUCUCUUAAUAAAUGA